AUGGCGGCCUACACCGCCUCACACCGACCCAUCAAGGGGAUCCUCAAGAACAAAAGCUCGACGACGGCUUCCUCGGCGGAGGCCCCCGCACAGCAGUCCGGAGGGGCUACCCAAGUAGAAAGAAAAAAGUCUCAGAGGUGGGACGAAUCAAACGUCCUGGCGACAUACCACCCUUCAUACAGAGACUAUGAUUUAAUGAAGAUAAAAGAGCCCAGCACUCCUCAACUUAGUAUACAAGAUGGUAGAGAAGAUACAGCAUAUGGUUUAGAAACAAAAGACCAUACUCGACACAUAACCGUAAACAUUUUAGCUAAGAAAUUUGCGGGCAUUGAUACCUCCGAGCUGAACUGGAAGAUGCCAGAGCCAGAGAGCCACGGGGCGCACACUAGCAAAAUUUUCCUGGACAAACAAGAAAAACAGUGGCAGUUCGAAUUGAGAAGGAAGCUGCACUACAACGAAGGACUGAAUAUCAAAUUAGCUAGACUGUUAAUUGCAAGAGACUUCCAAUUUGAGGAAAUGGAGGAUGAAAACAAACAAUGUCCACAUUUUACCAAUGAAGAGAAGACUCCUGCAGAAGAACCAGAUAAAGGUCCUGCAAGUGAUAAAUUGCAAAACCAGCCACGCUAUGUGUAG